AUGGGGGACGAGAUGGAUUUGGGUGACAUAGUGCUCUCCUGGUCGAUCCAGCAGAUCGCCGACGACGACCUCUACAGGGGGAAGGUUGAGACUAUUCCCUGCAACUUCAAGUCAGUUGAUCACUAUCUCCAGGCGUUUCGUGCGCCUCUGAUUGAAGAAACAAGGUCAGAUCUGUGCUCAUGCCUUGAACUCAUCAAUGAAGCACCCUCGUCGAAAAUACUCUCGAUGGAGGUUGCAGGAAAGACAGGAUACUACAUGGAUGUGGACUUUUGGGACAAUGGGGCUGGUUUUUCUGCUGAAGCAUAUACUGCAAGGAAUGGUGAUAUAUUUAUCCUGUCUAGCUUGAGACCUGGAGCUUCGGAGGACUUGAACCGCUAUGGUGUGACAUAUUGCUUGGCAAUGGUUACUGAGGUUUCUUUGGAUGAUGAAUACCAGAAGGGCUUCAGAGUUAAAGUUACAAAGGAUAUUGGUUCCGAAGAAGACUUGAGUAAACUCACACAUGCAAUAUUUCUCAAUAAUAUCAUGACAAACAAAAGGAUAUGGCAAGCACUUUCCUAUGACACAGACAUGGGCAACAAUUUCACAGUAAUCAAAUCGCUUUUAGCUCCCCAAAAUUUGGGUGAAGAUGCAUGUGGCAUCUGUGUUAAACAGGAUGGGGGCUGUCUUCCUUCUUUGGCAGAGCAAUUACUAUCGAUUGAACUUAAUCAAUCUCAAGUCGAUGCUAUUGAGUAUGUGAUCUCAGCUGUACAAUGUAGGCAUACAAACCUCAUGAAGCUUAUAUGGGGUCCACCAGGUACUGGGAAGACCAAGACUGUUAGUGCUUUACUGUGGGCUUUGGCAUGUGUGAAAUGCAGAACUCUUACUUGUGCUCCCACUAAUGUUGCUGUCGUUGGAGUUUGCACUCGUUUCCUUCAAAACUUGAAGGAUUUCAGCGAACACAUUGAUGAAAAUGGGCUACCCUUUUCUCUUGGAGAUGUCUUGCUAUUUGGGAACAAGUAUAACAUGGACAUCACUGAGGAUCUCCAGGAUGUUUUCUUGGAUUUUCGUGUGGACGAACUUGUUGAGUGCUUUUCAUCAUUGUCUGGAUGGAAGUACAGAAUAGCUUCGAUGGUAUCCUUUUUUGACGACUGUGCUUCACUGUAUGAUAUGCUUCUCGAGGAUGAUGAAACAAGUGAACCUGUGUGCUUUCUGGACUUCGUGAAGAAACAAUUUGAUGUGACAGCAGUAGCUCUUAAGAGAUGCAUAGUGAAUUUGUGUAUUCACCUCCCUCGAAGUAAAUUUUCUCAUGAUAGUGUCAUAAAUCUAUCUACAUUGCUUAAUAUGCUGGAAAUUUUUGGUGCCCUUCUGUGCAACGUAAACUUGACAGAUGAGGGCUUGAAAAGGGUCCUUGGUUGUCUGUCAACUGAAAACUCUGUUUGUCCACAGUCUUCUACUGAGAAGGAACUGGAUGGUGCAAGCUCUUAUCGGUUGCAUCACAUGGAGAUUGCACUCGAUGUCUUAAUUGUUGAUGAGGCUGCUCAAGUGCGGGAGUGUGAGUUGGUGAUUCCGCUACGUCUUCAUUGGUUGAAGCAUGUUGUUUUGGUUGGAGAUGACUGUCAGCUGAGUGCAAUGGUUAAAAGUCAAGUGUGCAAAGAAGCUGGAUUUGGUACAAGUCUUUUUGGGAGAUUGGUUAUGCUAAAAUUCGAAAAACAUUUGCUGAAUAUACAGUAUCGCAUGAAUCCCUGUAUCAGCUUGUUUCCAAAUGCUCAGUUUUAUGAGAGGAAGAUUUUAGAUGGCUCCAAUGUGCUGUCUCCUAGCUAUAAUAAGGAUUACACAUGCCUCCCAUUUGGCAGCUACACUUUUAUAAAUGUCACGGAUGGAAGGGAAGACAAAGAGGGCGCAGGAAAUAGUCGAAGAAACAUGGUUGAAGUUGCUGUUGUUCUACAUCUGAUCCAAACGAUCUUUAGAUGUUGGAAAAGUACAGGCCAAAGGCUCAGCGUUGGUGUGGUUUCUCCAUAUAGUUCUCAAGUUGAUACACUAAAAGGUAGACUUGGCAAAAAAUACGACAAAUGUGAUGGCUUUCAUGUGCGCGUCAAGAGCAUUGAUGGUUUCCAAGGAGAAGAGGAUGAUGUAAUAAUACUAUCAACUGUUAGAUCCAAUGGCAAAGGAGUUGUUGGAUUUCUUGCUGAUAACCAAAGAACAAAUGUUGCUCUAACCAGAGCGAAGCACUGUCUAUGGAUUGUUGGGAAUGCUCAUACUCUGUACAAAAGUCGGACUAUCUGGACAGACCUUGUUGCUGAUGCUCGAAGACGUAAUUGUGUUUUCGAUGCCACCAAUGAUGCGACCAUAUGUAAGUUGGUUUUGCAAGUAAAGCAAGAGCUUGAUCAACUUGACGAUCUUCUUAAUGCUGAUUCAGCUGUUUUCAGCAAUACCAGAUGGAAGGUAAGGGGACAUGUGCUACUUUGCACCGUCAUUGUUAGUGAUGAGUUUAGAAAGUCCUUCACCAAGCUAAAAUCAUCGCAGCUCAGGAGGGAAAUACUCCAAAAGCUUAUCAAACUUGGCGGUGGUUGGAGGACAACUGUUAGGAACUUAGAUAUGCCUGGUGUUUCCAAUCUUGCAAAAGUGUACAAGAUCAGGGAACUUCAUCUUAUUUGGAGUACCGACGUGGAGAAGAGUGAAAACAGGUAUUUCCAGAUGAUAAGAAUUUGGGACCUACUGUCACAGCAACAUGUUGAAAGAACCGUACACCGUCUGGAGUACCUUUUUUCCAUGUACACAGAUGAUUACCUGGAUCACUGCAGAAGAGUGCAGACACUAGGGAAACUGGAGGUUCCUAUGGUUUGGGAUGUUGAUCAUGAAAUGAUUCGCUAUAAGAAGGAUUGUAAAGUUGAUGCUCAGGACGAGCCUGAUCUCGUGGAUACAUCAUAUGCUAUGGAAAAUUCAAAAGUUAGCGAAAGCUUCUUGCUGAUGAAAUUCUAUUCAUUAUCUUCUGGAGUGGCACAGCAUUUGCUGACAGCUUCUGAUGGUUCUGAAAUCGAUAUCCCCUUUGAACUGACUGAUGAAGAGAAGGAGAUAAUCCAGUUCCCGCUCACUAGCUUUAUACUUGGGAGGUCAGGCACUGGAAAAACCACUGUAUUGACAAUGAAACUGAUUCAAAAAGAGCAGCAGUCAUUGAUUGCCUCCCAAGGUCUAAAUUUCAAUGAAGAUGAUUUGUCUGGACUGGAUGACAAAAGUAUGAUGCCACUGAAUGAUGGAAAAGAAAGAUUUAUGAAACAAGUAUUUAUCACUGUAAGCCCAAAGUUGUGUUCAGCCAUAAAGAAUCACAUUUCCGGACUUAAAAAGUUUGGCUCUGGCGAUGUCUCUGAUCAGCCUAGCAUUCUUCACAUGCAUGACGUCAUUGAUGACCAGGAAGAAUUUACAGAAAUACCUGACAAUUUUAGCAAUCUACCUCAUGAGCACUAUCCUCUUACUAUAACAUAUCGAAAGUUCUUGAUGAUGCUUGAUGGAACAUGUCGUACAUCAUUUUUUGAUGUGUUCUAUGCUGAAAUGAACAAUAGCACCGAGAGAGGGCAAUCAAAAUCUCGUGCACUGCAAACAUUUAUUGAAUUGAAGGAAGUCACCUAUGAGAAAUUUGCUGCUUCCUAUUGGCCUCAUUUUAAUGCAGACCUGACCAAGAAUCUUGAUGCAUCCAUUGUCUUUACUGAAAUAAUUUCUCAUAUAAAGGGUAGAUAUCAAGCAAGCAGGCCUUAUACCAGCAAGCUUGGAAGACAUGAUUAUGUGAUGCUCUCAGAUAAAAGAUUUUCAUCACUGAACAGUGAGAAGAGAGAUAUGAUUUACAGUAUUUUCAUUGCUUACGAGAGUAUGAAACUGACUGCCAGGGAGUUUGACUUGUCAGAUUUUGUCAAUAGUCUUCACAUCAGUCUUAUAUCUGAGGGCUACAAUGGAGAUCUGCUGGAUUUUGUUUACAUAGAUGAGGUGCAGGAUCUAACUAUGACACAAAUAGCACUUCUUAAGUAUGUCUGCAGGAACUUCAAGGAAGGCUUCCUUUUUGCUGGUGACACUGCACAGACUAUAGCAAGGGGUAUCGAUUUCAGGUUUGAAGAUAUCCGUUCGCUUUUCUAUACUGCAUUUCUCUCAGAAACUGAAGCGUCUAAUCAAGGACAUGGAAAACAAGUCCAACUUUCUGAUAUGUUCCAACUUACUCAAAAUUUCCGCACACAUUGUGGCAUCCUUCAUAUGGCACAAAGUAUCAUGAGCCUUUUGUACUUCUUUUUCCCGUCAAGUGUUGACAAACUUAAUCCAGAGACUGGACUUGUAUAUGGCGAAGCUCCUGUGCUGCUGGAGUCUGGUAACGAUGAAAAUGCAAUCAUGACUAUAUUUGGAGAAAUCAAAAGUAAGCGUGGUAACAUGCAUGGGUUUGGUGCUGAGCAAGUCAUAUUAGUUCGUGAUGAUGCUACAAAAAAACAAAUUGUUGAUCUUGUUGGUAAACAGGCUCUUAUUUUGACCAUUGUUGAAUGUAAGGGCCUCGAGUUCCAGGAUGUGCUGUUGUACAACUUUUUUGGCUCAUCGCCUUUAAAAAACAAAUGGAGAGUUCUGUAUGGCUACAUGAAAGAUAAAGAUAUUAUAGCACAAUCUGAGGAGAUAUCUCAUCCGGGUUUCGACAGAAGCAAGCAUCAUCUUCUCUGCUCAGAGCUGAAGCAACUCUAUGUUGCAAUCACACGCACUAGACAAAGGCUUUGGAUAUGUGAAAAUACUGACGAUUACUGUCGACCAAUGUUCGACUAUUGGAAGAAGUUGUGUCUUGUAGAGGUUAGAUUACUUGAUUCUUCUCUCGUUCAAGCAAUGCGGACAGGAAGUAGUACUGAUGAUUGGAAGCUACGGGGAACCAAGUUGUUCAACGAGGGGCAAUUCGAAAUGGCUACAAUGUGUUUUGAAAAGGCUGGUGAUGCAUACAGAGAGAAGUGGGCAAGAGCUGCCGGACUUGUAGCAACUGCUGACCGUGCUAUGGCCACAAAUUUGGAGAAGCGCAAUGCUUCAUUGCAAACAGCAUCAGAAAUCUAUGAGUCCAUAGGGAUGCAUGAGAAAACUGCUGCCUGCUAUAUCAAAUUACAUGACUUCAAAAGAGCAGGUAUGGUCUAUAUGCAAAAAUGUGGUGCUUCCAGGCUUGAGGAUGCUGGUGACUGUUUUGCCAAGGCUGAGUGCUGGUCAGAGGCAGCUGAAGUGUACUUCAGAUCUGAACGUUACACCGACUGUUUCUCGAUGUGCUCGCAAGAAAAGCAAUUAUUCAAUCUUGGCCUGCAGUUCCUUAAACAGUUGGAGGAGGAACAUUUGUUUGAGAAUUCAAAAUUGGAGGUUUCCGCAAUUAGAAAGACGUAUCUUGAGAAUUGUGCUCAGCAUCAUUUUGAGCGUGGUGACAUAAAGCAUAUGAUGCCUUUUGUUAAGGCUUUCAGUUCUAUGGAUCAUGUCCGAGCAUUCUUGAACUCUAGGAAUCUUGUUGAUGAACUGUUAAGUUUAGAGAUGGAAAAGGGGAAUUUCCUUGAAGUUGCAGGAAUAGCAAAGCAUAAAGGAGAUGUCUUGCUGGAGGUAGAAAUGCUCGAGAAGGCAGGUUCAUUUGAGGAUGCAACGCAGCUUCUCCUUCUCCAUAUCGUUGUAGAUUCCAUGUGGUCUUCAAAUAGUAGAGGCUGGCCUCCGAAAAAAUAUGCAGAGAAGGAACGGUUGCUUGCAAAAGUCAAAGAAAUGGCGACGAAUGUCUCUGAAUGCUUCUACUUCUUUGCUAGCCUGGAAGCUGAUGCACUGUCAGAUGUGGGCAAGUCCCUUUCCAGAUUAAACUGUACAUUGCUUGAUGGCAGAAAAUGUGGAAACUUGUUUGUUGAAUUUGUUGCUUCCCGUUUGAUUCUUGAUGUUCAUCUUCAGUCUCGAGCAUCUGAAUACAAUUUGGAAUUAGGGCCAGGAUCUGAAGAUGAAAGUAGCUUUAAUGAUAUUGUGGCUCGUAACCAGAUAUCACCCCAUACUCUAGCAUAUGCCUGGAACAACUGGAAGUCAAUCAUAGUAAACGUACUAUCUCAUCUUCGACACACUGAUGGCCCAGAAUUAAAUGAUUAUGAAGUUAUGUAUGAAGAUCUUUGUGCUAAAAAUUCUUUGCAGCAAGAUGGCAACAGAUGCUGGCUGGAAGUACUUCAGUUUCAUCCAUGUGCCCAGUCUUUCUUGAUGAAUGAGCUGUCUUCUGUUGGUCUGAGUGUACUUAGAAAGUUGGAAUCCAUCGUUCAAAUUCCUCCGAAGCCGGCAUCUUCAUAUGCCCUGGUGAGAACUAUCCUCAUUAUAAAUGAGAUAGCUAAAUUUUUGGAAGAACCAGAGUUCAGCCUGCAGAAAAGUACCACGAAGUUAAGAAGCUUCUCUGCUCUAUGUGUGCGUCACUUCUUUGAGUUAGUUUAUCUUGUGUGGAGAGAUAGGACAACGAGGAGCCUCUUACCUGCUAUACUUGACUCACCAGCUGCCUAUGGUCUGAUUGCUGAUUCCCUUGGUGAAAAUCUUCGGCCAAAAAUUAAAAAAUUGACUUAUGGGCAUCUUGGGAAAACAACCAUGGUACUGCUCCAUGCAGGGCGAUUGGAUGAUGCAUUACUUUCAAGGCUACUACAGUACGUGGACAAUGAUUCUGGGUGGGCAGAUUUUUUUGGAUUUUUGAAGUGCUUUCUUGACACUGGUCUUGAUAGAUCCUCCUUGAUCCUGAACUUUAAGGUUGCUCUGGACUUUACCUUCAAUGGUGUGAGGUGGAGGGAUGAAUUGGACUACAUAUCCCCAAUGUGCUAUCUGGGUCUUUUGGAGUUCCUUGGUUUCUUGGCUUCGUCAUACCUUCUACAGAAAGGUCGUAUAUACUGCACAAAAUCUCUGUUGGUCAAUAUGCUGGAGUGCCGUACCAGCAAGCUUUAUCUUGACACCUGCCUGGUAUCUAAUUCGAGCCCAGAUUCCGAUCUUGAUCAUAUGGCAUACCUAUCUGGGCGUUUCAUAUUUCAGAUAAUUAUGGCUAUCUUGACAGACAAGAAUAUGCUGUGGGAGUGGGCACGGAAGACUUCAACACCUAGUAGUUCACCCCCUGAAGUCCUCCUGAGGCUAGUGGUCACACUUUAUCCACUGAUCCUAACUCAUGAUCUGGGGAGUUGCUAUGAGGUCACAAAUACUCUUCUCAAGUGUGGAGUCUUUAUGGAUCUACCUAAGGAGUUCGCUCAGAAGAUUGUACCGACUUUACAGUUGAGGUAUCGCACACCGAGCAACUUCAUAAGGGCUCUUGCUGAUGCACUUGCCGCAAUCGGAGAUCGUAUGGUAAUUAUGGGUUCACCGAAAGCGAAAGGUCCAACAAUCUGUCGAAGCAUAGCUCAUACGAUUAACACAGCGGAUUUGUGUGACGUUCCAAAGGUAAUGGCUCUUCUUUGUCCUGAAGAGCCAACUCCUGUAAAGCAAAAGACUGCACUGCCAGAAAAAUCUUAUGGUAACAAAGUCUGCAACGUUACUGGAAACAUUCCUAAGGUGGUUCAAGAUAAUAAGAUGGAGAGUACAAGUGAAACAGAUUUAUGUGAUGAGAGUGAUUCCUUCUGGGAAGAGCUUAAGGCUUUUCAAGCCAGCAAGCAAGGCCAGAAAGAUGCAACCGUUGUAUUUCAAUUCCUUAGAGGCGCCGUUUUGUGGCUUGAGCAAAGAGGCUCUCCAGAAAAAAAUAGUACGGGAUUAUUGCAAGAGGUCAGGCAUGUCUGCAGUGAGGUAGAAAAACAUUGUGCAAGGUUGGAGAAGGCGACUGUGGAGGAUCUAUACUCAGUAUGGCGAGACGGUGAGAGCAAACUGCAGAUUAUCAUCAACUGUAUAUGUGACGAAAGGGCAUCCAUGAAAGAAGACGGCAGAAGGAAUGAAGCCGCAGCCAUUGUCCAGCCACAGCAGUCUGACGGAGCAGAUGAUUGGAAUGGAUGCUCAGAUAACGAACCUGAAACUGGAGGCAACGAGGUGGAACCGGUCAUGGAAGAGGCAAAAGCUGCAGCCUCAGGCUUACAGAAGGCGGCACCCAAGCAGAAGAACAAGAAGAAAUCCAAGAAAUCAAAAGGCCGCAGGAAGUGA